AAACAGCCUGGUCUGGAAUUGUCUUGGCAUGUUGAAGAGCAUGUGUUGCCUGCUCUUCUUUCCUGGAUUUGCCAACAUUAGAGCUUUGUAGAGGAAUCCUGCGUCUUCUCAUGCAGUCUGAGGCUUUGUGAUCUGCACUGGGGAGAUCAUCUGCCUUCAGCUGGCUGGGAUUCUCUGUCCUGCUGGUUUCCUCAGCUUCCUGCUGAAUUUCCUCUGGUUUUCAGAACACCACAGAAGAAACACUGGGCUCUAAUCUAGUCCUAUUGUCAUGAAGGACCUCCGACUUGAGCAGAAACAAUAUAUGGCUCCAGCACUACAAUGAGAAGACAAAAUCAAAGCUGUGUGAUUGAAUUCAUCCUCUUGGGCUUCUCUAACUUUCCUGAACUCCAAGAGCAGAUCUUUGGAGUUUUCUUGGUUAUUUAUCUGGUGACCCUGAUGGGAAAUGCCCUCAUCAUAGCCGCCAUCUUGCUGGACCAGACCCUCCACUUCCCCAUGUACCUGUUCUUGCAGAACUUAUCUGUGGUGGAAGUGAGCUUCAGUGCAGCCAUCAUGCCUGAAAUGCUGGUGGUCCUGACCACUGAGAGAACUACAAUUUCUUUUGUGGGCUGUUUUGCACAGAUGUAUUUCAUUCUUCUUUUUGGUGGAACUGAAUGUUUUCUUCUGGGUGCAAUGGCUUAUGACCGAUUUGCUGCCAUCUGCCAUCCUCUGACCUACCCCAUGAUGAUGAGCAAAAGUGUGUUUGUGAAAUUAGUAAUGUUCUCAUGGGUGUCAGGGAUCUUGGUGGCUACUGUGCAGACCACAUGGGUAUUUAGUUUUCCCUUUUGUGGCCCCAAUGAAGUUAAUCAUCUCUUCUGUGAGACUCCCCCAGUGCUGGAACUGGUAUGUGCAGACACUUUCUUGUUUGAAAUCUAUGCUUUCACAGGCACCAUUUUGAUUGUUUUGGUUCCUUUCUUGUUGAUACUCUUGUCAUACCUUCGAAUCCUCUUUGCCAUCCUGAAGAUGCCAUCAACAACUGGGAGGCAAAAGGCCUUUUCCACCUGUGCCUCUCAUGUCACAUCAGUCACCCUCUUCUAUGGCACAGCCAGUAUGACUUACUUACAGCCCAAAUCCAGCUACUCACCAGCAACCAAGAAACUGAUGUCAUUGGCUUACACGUUGCUCACGCCCCUGUUGAAUCCACUUAUCUACAGCCUGCGGAACAAUGAGAUGAAAAGGGCUUUGGUGAAAUUAUGGCGAAGAGCAGUGGUUGUACACAGUCUGAUUUGUUGA